AUGGCCCUGGAUCCAGGUGACUGGACACCUUACUGUAGUCAAAUGAAGUUUGAAACUGUGGAGUUUUUGUACAAGAAGGUUCAGAUGUCUGCUGGCGACAUCGAUAAAUUGAUGCACUUGUGGGGCCUUGGUCUCGCGCGACAUGGAGAUACCCCUCCUUUUGCAGACCAUUGGGACCUAUAUUUGACUAUUGAUGAAACACCAAUUGGAGAUGUUGUGUGGCAGAGUUUUUCAAUGAAAUAUGGUGCAGAUGUUGAUCCAGCUACCAAUAUCACACCAUGGAUGGACACCACAUACACUACAUGGUUCUGUGACCCGCGCACUAUCAUCCACAACAUGUUGGGCAAUCCUGACUUCAAAAAUGAGAUGGAUUACGUGCCAUUUCAUGAUGCAACUCGCCAAUGGCGCAAUGUGAUGUCAGUUCCAACCACGCACGGUUCAACAUUUGUCCCAGUAAUACUCAGAAGUGACAAAACAAUGGUCUUGGUGGCAAUGGGACAAAACAACUACUAUCCACUGUAUGCCUCAAUCAGGAAUGUUCAUAAUAAUGUCUGCUGUGCUCACCAUAACACUGUAGCCAUUAUCGGCUUUUUGGCUAUUCCAAAAAUUCAGAAUUGUUGCGCAAAGUAG